AUGACGGGCAGAUUCAGCUCACAGAUGCCGCGGGCAGGCAUAGGUAAUCCGGGGUAUCGAGGUGAUCAGGAAUCGGUCUUGUCAAAAGUACAGUCCCGUCUUCACUGCCUUUCCAAUCCAGGAUGUCGGCAAGCCUCGGCCGAACGUCUUGACAUCUUACUUGCUGCUCCUGGCGCUCCAUGGCGGGAUAAUAUUCCCAGACCUCAACACUGGCUCGGACAAGAGACUGGCCAAGUGCGCUAA